AUGAAACGUGUGCUGUUUUUUCUUCUCUUGGUGCUGAGCGUUGCGUGCGUGGGUGCUUUUGCUGGUGUAGAGGCUGCAGGGCAGACUCUUCAAGAAGCUGGUGCUCUUGAACCGCGUUCUGCUGGUGUUGGUGCUGUUGGUGAUGAACCUUGUCCUUCAGAGACGACUGGUUCACAGUGUAAUAAGAACACCAGGGGAUCUGAAGAUUCUCGUAAUCAUGAUUGUACGAAAUCUACAGAGGAAAACAAAUGCGUAACUGAGGGUAGUGACACUCAAGAGAAUUGCAGUCCUACUACUGAGUCUCAUUGUCCGAAGGAACCAGCUCCAACUUCACCAAAGGAACCAGCUCCAACUUCACCAAAGGAACCAGCUGAUCCAACUACACCGAAAGCGCCUGGUCUUAAUGAAAAGGGUUCUACUGAGGACGUCGGACCAGAUACAGUAUCUGGUGGUCCUACAGGUGAAAGAGGUACAGAUGGCAGUAGGCAGGGUUCUGGUACUCAUAUUGGUAGUGAACCCGGCUCUUCUUCUGCACCUCCUACUGUAUCUCCUCCAUCUCAGUCAACGACUAAUGAGGAGAGAAGGGAUCCAUCUCCAACUGACACUCAUACUGGAAACAUCGGCGGCAGUACAACAGAGGAGAGUGGAGCUCUCCAGGGAGGUGAUCCUGCCCAACCCUCUUCUUCACCCACCACUUCAGAAACCGAGAGUGUCGGUGAAAAUGCUGCUGGGAGUGAUGCUACAACUGCUGCGAAUGACACUAAACCUACAGAGGGUGAGUCACCAAGUACCCAAGAAGGUGCUGAAGGAAAUACAGAAUCAACCACUACCACCACAACAACAACA